AUGGAUUGGCUUCAGCUUCUGAAACAGGCUGGUUCCAACAGCGAGCUCAUCAAGUCCACGCAGGACAGCCCCAACCAAGAAGCUCACGUGAUCAAGGUUGUUGCGAAGUUUGCACCGUCUACUUUAGCGGCAUAUUUCAAGGGCUGGUCACAGUGGGUUGAGUUUUGUCAUUGCCAUCAGGUAUGUCCUUACAGCCCGCCGACAGUUUUUCUUGCAGAUUUUCUCCAGGUUUCCUCUAAGAGGAGUUCACUUGGUGUUGCCACGGCACAAUCGAGAGCUCUCACGUGGGUUUCAAAGUAUGCAGGGUUCCCGGCACUCUUGGGGGCUUUACAGGCGCCGAUUACUCGGGCUUACACAAUCCCCUCAGAAAUCUCCGUCAGGAAAGAAGCCGCCCCACUGCCGUUGAGCUUUGUGGUGUACUUGGAGUCCUGCAUUCUUAAGGAGCUGGGCACAGCUGCAGAUAGGUUAGUGAUGGGCUCACUGCUUGUUUUGAUCUGGUCAUCUCUGCGGUGGAGCGACGCACUUUGGGUUACUCCAAGUGCACUCACAGAGGACGUCGAUGUCAUCCGAGUCUUGCUGUUGAGACGACUUCUCUUACAGGCCAACAAAGACGUGUCAGUCUUGAGCAUCGGCGUGCACUCCCCGAAGGUAACUUUACUUAGUUGGGCACGACAAAUUGGAGCGUCAGAGGAAGCCAGAAUGGCGCAGGGCCAUCGUCGCCAGUCAGGCGCUCGAUCCAAUGUGGCAUUGUACGGCCGAGAUGACGUGCAUCCAGCCAUACAGUUACAGUACCAGAUCAUUCAGCGCAUUGCUUCAGGUUUUAGGCCAGUGAUUCCACUUCUUCGUGGUGGAGCAAAACCUGUCCUGGACAAACCAGUAUCUGUGGCUCCACCUUCAGAAGAAAUCACACCUCAGGCUCAGACACAAUUGUGUCUCCCCCAUUCUGAGGACUUGGUCGACACUGAUUCUGGUGAGUCAGAUGCUGGGGCGGCGCCUGAGGUUCAGGAUGACAUGGAGGUCCCAGUGAUUCAUGCGGCCUCUGCUGAUUGUCUUUUUCUUUUGAAUGCAACUUCAUCCAUUGCCCACGUGGCCGCCGUAUGUGAUGAAUCUGAUCCCUACAGGGUGGUGACAGUGGACGCUGGGGAAGUGCGAAAAUCUUUCAAGUUCGCUUGCAAUGUCCGUCGUGCAGCCUGGGACGCUGAGUGCCACUUGCCACCUAUGACUGACUUCGCUAAGUUAGAGGCUAUGGUGGACUCUGCACUUCCCUUUGUCAGGGAGUGGGCUUCAGAUGAUCACCACAGGGCACACCUUGAAGUUUGCCUGGCGGGAUGUGCGGCGGUCGCGAGGCACCUGGCAUCCAGGUUUCAUUGGACGCUCAUUUCAGUCCUCUGCUCACUGGCUGCAAAAGUGUUGAUCACUCAGGAAGAGGCCCAAGUAGACCUAGCUCCAUCUGGAUGGAUCCCUGACAGGACGCAUCCCUGUUCAGCCAUCACCUUCACUUUAUCUUUGCCAGUUGAGCAGGCGCAUCUUUUGGUUUUCCAGCUCUCCGGAGCCCUCGCAGUGGUCACUGAGUGGGGACUAUCUAGCUCCCCACUUUUGACCCCAGAUGAUCACUUGGUUUUUCGUCACCUUCGAUCGAUGCUUUUCGAUUUGAUCACAGCUGUGCGUCUUGGAGCUGGAGGUCAGGCCGCUGACCGACUGAUGGAGGAGCUACCUAGUCUUGGCCAGCCUGCCCCGCAAGAGUGA